CGUUGUAUUCCUUUCCCCUCAUUUCUUUUUUUCCACGACGCCAGCAGCGAUGACAGAUGUCGACUCAAGUCACUGCAAUGAAGAAAAACUCAAUGAACUAUAUGAUACAGUAUGGUCAGGAUACGAUGCUGGUUCGCUGAAUCAGAAGGCGACCAGCGGUCCUAGCCGUUCUCGAAGUAACAGGCCACUUCCACCAACUCCCGGCUCUGCUACUUCCUCUCCUGUAUCUGCACGUCCACAUGGCCUCGACUCUCCAGAUGGAAGCAUUCUCAGUAGUAGACAGCUACCCUUCAAGCCCAGCACUUAUUUCGUCCAGUCGCCGACCGAAGAGGCAGCACCUCAUUAUCCAUUUACACCACCACCACCACCACCUCCACCUCCGAUCGCGAAUCCCGCUUAUGCUGAGGAUAUACCUGCGUAUUCACCGCGUCAAUCAGGAAACAAUACUUCAUUUCCAACGGACGAAAAGAGCUCAGUUCAGUGGUCAUCGCCAGAAGCAUCCGGUUCUGGAUUAGGUGUUUCUUCCCCUCGAGAUCAAUAUGUGGAUUCCCCACUCUACGACCCUAGUCCAUCAAACAUAGCCGGUCCUAGCUCUCGACCCUACCAACAGAAACGAACCAAUUCCGACUUGUUGCACGCGAUCAGCGCUGGACCCCAAAACACCCCCGACGAAGUGGUUUAUGAGGACGGACGAGUUAUAAGUGAAGAUGGCGGUGGCAAUCCCUGGAAUGGCUCAGAUGUUUCAGAAGACGAAUCACGCUUCGUCAACUAUUCCCUUCUCUCCCACCUGGCCGUGCAACUCAAAGACAAAGUAACCCGGGGAACACAUGUAAAGGGUAGUAUACCCUAUCCACGUGCAUUCACGGGAAAGGAUAUCGUCUCCACUAUACAGUCGCUCAUUCAACGGGAGCUUGCGAUCAACCACAAUAUAUCCACGAGUGACAGGCGAGCGGCUCUACAAGUUGCGCGCUCGUUACAGUCUCAGCUGUUCUUUUACGAGGUCGAGUGGGGUAGUGAAGCAUUGCAGGACGGCGUUGAGGAUGUUUAUAUGUUUUGGGAUGAUCAGGAAGGACCGUCUGGUGGAGAACCCGCUGAGCUACCAACUGGGGUGGUGACAGUGUUGACUAGAUGCUACACCCCGGAUUGCGUUGAUGGCGCGCCUUGCUAUUCUCCCCGAUGCCCGAGACGGGGCGAUUCUAUUCUUGGUCCGGCACCGGCAGUUCCUGAACCAGUCCAAGGGUCGUUGAGAGAAGAUUGGAUUAAAGCGGUGCCGAAGGAGGUGUUGGCGUCGUUGCCUGAAACCGAGAUCAACAGACAAACUAUCAUACACAAGUUGAUCAGUAAAGAGGAACAGUAUAUCGAAGAUCUUGACAUCAUCGAGUCUGUUUUUAUUCGCCCUUUACGACAGGCCAAUCCGCCCAUAAUAGCUGCGUCUCCGUCUUCGCCUAUUAGGAACUCGUUUCCAUCCCUCCAUGCUGUCACACCGAGUGCGGAUUCACCACUCGAUGCUUUCAUCGAUACGGUGUUCAGUAAUAUUCUCGAUUUGCGGGAAUGCAAUAAGAGGUUAUUGGAAGUGCUGUAUGUGCGACAACGAGAACAGAGUCCGGUCAUACAAAAGAUUGGGGAUAUAUUUCUGGAUGCUGCUACCGAGUUUAGAAUGGCCUAUCCUAUCUAUGUUGGAGGGUACAUGGCUGCUGAGAAGAGACUUAGGGAAGAAGCAGAGAACAAUGUCCAGUGGAAGUUGUUUGUUGAGCAAUGUACAAGGGAAGUACAACGACAUCGGAACAUGAGCAUUUCGAACGGAAAUGAUGACCCGAGUUCACCGAACCCACCGUCCACGAAUUUCCGUCUGGAUCUCAAACAUUAUUUGAAUCGGCCCAUUGAACAUCUUCAGAAAUAUCCUGUUCUUCUAGAAGCCAUACUCAACGAGACGGUUGAAGGAAACCCGGACGCUGAUUUUCUUGUUGAAGCGAUUGACGCUAUCAAGGCAUUGCAGGGUGUUGCACAGAUGCGGACGUUCCAGACGUCGAUGGGAAGAGGACCAGCUGAAAAGUGGGAGUGGUUCGAUAUGGUUAGCGGUGGGAAGGGUGGUGGUGAUAUGAGUUCGAAAGCGAAAGAGUUGGGUAUUUCGAAGAUGGAGUGUAAGAGGCAGAGUAUCAUUUUUGAGUUGAUCAAGGGAGAGAUGGCGUAUGUGAAGGAUCUGGAGAAUAUCGGUGUGAUCUACAUUCGCCCGCUGCGCGACGCUAAUCCACCCGUCAUACCUCCAGACCGCUUAGAGCAGUUCGUCACUGAUGUCUUUCAUAACUACGCUGAAUUGUUUGUUCAUCAUCGCCGCUUACUCGAGAAGUUACAAGAAAUUCAACGAGAAGAGCAUCCUGUCAUCCGAAGUAUAACAGCCGCCGUUUUCGAUGCGGCACUCAACUUUCGAGAUGCCUACCUAGAAUAUAUCACCCAUUAUCCGAUUUCGGAGUAUAGAAUCGAUGAGGAACUGGCGCAAAACCCUGUUUUCAAGAAAUUUGUGGAGGAUUGUGUUCGGCAUCCGGAAGCGAACCGUCUGGACAUGAAGAGUUUUAUUAACCGGCCUAUACCCCGACUCCUCCGAUACGAGCUUCUUUUGAAGAAUGUCAUGGACGAAACGAUACCUGGUCAUGAAGACCAUCAGGAUAUACCUCAAGUACUAGAAGUCAUUAAAGCUCUUGGGAAGGACUCGGAGCCUGGUGUUGUGUCUGCGAAGCAGAAGGUGGAACUGUGGAGAUAUAAUUCUAAUAUCGUAUUCAAGCCGGGAGAAUGGAUCGACAUGGACCUAUUGAAUGAAAAUCGUUCUCUGAUACACACAGGCAAACUUCUACGGCAACCGGAAGGAGGACUGAACGGGUGGAGUGAAUUGUUUGUUCUGCUGUUUGAUAACUACUUCGUCAUGACCAAAUGUAGGGAGAGGGAUGGGGUCACGAAGUACUACGUGAAUCGCCGGCCGAUACCACUUGAUCUAUUGACACUAGUCAAUUUCACCGAUCCGCCGACACAACGAGGUGCAGGCCUGCUACGCAACCUUCGGGGUGAACGACAUAACACCAACACUGGCGACUCCUCUGCUAAUCUUCUGAGGACCGGCGAUACAUCCAUGACCACGAUCAACAAUAACGUCAGCGGCUCGUCCAACCCCACCGGCACCCUGGUGGCCACAGACUCCCGAUCUGUGUUCCCAUGUACGAUUCAUCAUAACGGUCGAAUGGGAGGUGCCUAUAUUCUUUAUGCGGAAUCAGCGCAAGCUCGUAUGGAAUGGCGAAUCAAGUUGGAAGAAGCGAUGGGGUUGAGGAAGGUUGUGCAAGAGUCGAAUAAGGUGUUUGAGGUCGAGACUUUGAGCACUGAUACGUUCCUCGUACCGCCUGUCAUUGGGACAAAUUCGGAUGGGGCGCCUUGGAGUGGAGAUACCCCGUUUACGGGUAAAGUUACCUGUUCUGUCCCAUUCAAUACGGCUGAUGGACGUGGUCUCGUCGCUAUUGGUUGCGCGGAGGGUGUUUGGAUUGGAUUUAGACAUGAUUCUCGAUCCAUGCGACGUGUCCUCCAUUUGAAAAUGGUAUCUCAAUGUGCAAUGCUAGAAGACUUUGGAAUCUUCCUAGUUCUUGCUGACAAGCAACUGUUUGCGUACCAUAUUGAGGCUUUGGUUCCGUCUUUGCCAUCGAAUCAGCAUACAUCCCAAACACCGCAAAAACUGAGCGGAAACAAGGAAGUCUAUUUCUUUAGUGUAGGAACACUGCAAGGAAGAACACUUGUUAUCUACAUGAAAAAGAAGAGUAUGGAUAGCAUAUUCUGUGCUGUAGAACCCGUCAUCGAUAAAAUCAAAGAGGUGACGAAGGCUUCUGCGGGAUUGGGUUCUCGCUUUGGUUUCAGGACACCAAAGUCGGAUUGGUUCCGGCCAUUCCGAGAGUUCUUCUUACCUUCGGAGUCGUAUGACUUGAUUUUCCUGAAAGCAAGAAUCGCCAUCUUGUGUUCCAAAGGGUUCGAGAUUAUGGAUUUGUCAGAUUUGCAGAGUGUGACGAUCCCUCAGAGAGAAGACCCUAGACUCAGUGGUCUGAUCAAGCGAUGUGAGGCUUGUCGGCCGCUUGGGAUGUUCAGAUCGACGGACGAGGAGUUCCUGCUUUGUUACAAUGAGUUUGGCCUUUAUGUCAACAAGCGUGGUGAACCAUCCAGAACAAAUGGUCUGAUCGAAUGGGAGGGUACCGCCGAACGCGUCGCUCUUCAUUCACCAUACAUCCUCCUCUUCGACAUCCGGUUCAUAGAAAUCCGACACGUCCAAACGGGUCGACUAGCUCAAAUCAUCAACGGCAACGACGUGCACUGUCUUUGGGAUGGACGUGGUGCCAAAGUGGCUGCCACGAUAAACUCCAUACCGGGACAAGAAGACGACGACCGGAUGGUACAAGAGCCUCGCGUGCAUGGGGUGAUGAACUCGCAUGACUCGACACGGGGGGCGGCGAUGGUAUUCCAGAACGGGAGAAACAACUCAAAGGCGAUUGCUCAGCAUGUGUUUGAGCUCAUUCCGACGAUACCUCUUUAUUUGCCUGGUUCGUUGGCGUCUCCUUCUACGCCUGCGUAUUUCCCGCAGUCGUAUUCGCCGCCGCAUUCGCCUACGCUGCGGCCUGUGACGGGGUUUCGUAUGUGAAACUGUGUUUUCGGGAGAUUUUUGUUCUAACUGCUCGGAAUGAUUACCUGCGGUUUAUACAAGAAUUGAGUAUUUAUUAAUUCACUGUACUAAAAGCAUACUUAUAUCCAUAGAUGAAUACAAGCAUGAUAAUCCAGCCUAUGAAACUUUGAACCGUGGGAUAUAUAUUUAGUUAGCCACGCAUGCCUAGGCGUAUGUGGCCCUGUGGGUGCUGAUUUGAUCAUACAUUUCGUCGUAGACCAUCCC